UAAAUUGAUUUUUCAAUUGAUACCAUCGUGUAUGGAUGUCAGACAGCAAUGUUUCGUCCCAAUUUACCUUUAGGGCCUGUUUCACCAGUGACUGAUAAAGUUCCUGAUAGUUUAAUCACAACUUAUCUGAUAGAUAUCUCAUUUUAUACGUUUCACAAGUGUCUGAUAGUUAUAUCUGGUUCAUAAGGUGGUUAGUAACCUAAUAUUCAGUUUUGGCGCGUGAUAAAUACUAUCUGACAGAUUUUAACGAUGGAUUUAUUCGAAUUUAUAGAAGAUGAGUUUGAUGAAUAUCUAUUAAAUCCUGUUAUGCGCCCUCGCAGACGCCCUGUAAUUAGAAAUCGGCCAAAUUAUUUCACUGAACUUGAUGAAACAGAUUUCAGAGCUCGAUUUCGACUCUCUAAACCAUCUGUUACUUAUGUAUUAUCUUUGAUAGAAGGAAACAUAACUACAGUGACCAACUUUAAUUUCGCUAUAUCACCUAUGAAUCGAUUGUUGUUAACGCUGCGCUACUAUGCUACAGGAUCAUUUUUAAUAACAUCUGGAGAUUUUAGUGGUGUAAGCAAAGCUUCAGCUUCUAGAAUAAUUUCAAAAGUAUCCAGAGCAAUAGCAGAACUGAGACCAAGAUUUGUAAAAUUUCCAAUAAACCUGCAAUCCGUGAAAGAGGGAUUUUAUAACAUAGCAAGGUUUCCGAGAGUGAUAGGAACUAUAGACUGCACCCAUGUCAAUAUUAAAUCACCAGGUGGAGAAAUUGCUGAAUACUAUAGAAACAGAAAAGGCAAUUUUUCUAUAAAUGUACAAACCGUAGUCGACUCCGAUUUGAAAAUAAUGGACAUAGUGGCAAGAUGGCCUGGUUCGUGCCACGAUCAAAGCAUUUUCAAUAGUUCACAAAUCAAGUACCGAUUAAUUAACAACGAAUUUGGAAAUAAUUUUCUGUUAGGAGAUAAAGGUUAUGAGAACACACAUUAUUUAUUAACACCGCUACACAACCCCAUUACGCAAGCUGAACAUUUUUACGAGUCCCAGAUAAGAACACGAAAUACAGUUGAAAGAUCAUAUGGUGUAUGGAAAAAUAGAUUUCCAGUUUUAUCUAGGAAAAUCACAUUACACUAAACAAAGGUACAAGCCAUAAUUGUGGCUUGUGCAGUGCUUCAUAAUAUAGCAAUAAUUUGUGGCGAUGAAUAUUUUGACAACAACGAGUUACCAGCUGAUGAUGUUGACGAUUAUGUAUACAUUGACACAGGCAGAAACAAUAGGAAUUCUGUGAGAAACAACAUUAUAGCAAAAUAUUUUACUACUUUAUUAAAUUAAAAACUAAUAUGGCUUCUACUUUUUAGAUACUUUAUUAAAAUAUAAAAACUGAA